AUGAGUCUUGGUGACCUGCGUCACCCUACUACAGGUGAUGGGAUUGCUGCAGUAGAUGCAGAAAUAAUUCCAGCGCAGUUUGCCGCGCAGGGUUCGCAGCUUACUCCCGCUACUGUCCAACAGGAUAGUUCUGCAGCUGAAGGGAACAUCACCCCUGUUUUGACACUAAUACUAGCACAGCCUGUCGCGCUGGAUUCACUAGCUACUCCUAUCGUCAAUACUCCUAUCAAACGAGAUAGUUCGACAAGACUACCCUUCACGACCCUUGCCCGAUGCCGAGUCGACACCCUUAACUCCAUGGGCAAGGAAAUGCAAAACUAUGUCAUUGGCCCAAUGCCAGUAGAGAAAUUCCUCAAUAAGUUCCUACCGAACCCCGAAGAUUAUGACACUUCAGACUUUGCUUCAGCCUCCAAUGCUGAAGUGUUCGAUAUGCAAUCUAUUAAGAAAGAGGAAGAUUCUUACGAUCGAUUCAUUAACGGCAUACGACCCUUCGCUCCCCAGUUAUCAUUUGUGAACAGUUCCAAACAUGCAGACACCAAUAACUGCUCAUCAUUCACAUUCAACGUCAAGCUGGAUGUAUGUGUAUACGCCAACGGAACAUCGCACGGCUGCGAUAUUUCCAAAUUCGAAGUCAACAUCGAAUUCAAGUGGAAUGAUAUCCAUGACGCAUUCCGUAAACAUCCUGGAGUCGAUCAGUCGGUUGUGUCACAAACCGAUAAGGGCUUCGAUACAUUGGGCCAAAUAACCAGCUAUGCUGUCGCUCAGCUUGGCGCUCAAUAUCGUACCCAUGUAUUCUCCAUCCUCAUUAUCCACAAUUGUGCUUGCAUCAUCAGAUGGGAUAGGGAGGGAGCUAUCGUCACUAACACCUUCGACUACUACCAUGAGUCACACCUGGCCGAUUUCUUCUAUUGUUUUGCACGAGCAUCGCCUGCCCUGUGUGGCGUUGACACUUCCAUAACCCCUGCUAGCAACGAAGAUGCUGCCCUCGCAAGGACGGCGUUAAAGCUCGCUACUACCACGCACAUGUUGAAAGUUGCAGUCCCUCAGGAUCCUGCCAUUGAGGACUCUGACUGGUUGACAUUGAUCAUCCCCCAACCUGUUGCAAAAGGUUUUCCGCUCGUUGGCCGCUGGACUUGCACGUGUCCUGCGUUUGAUAUUCUCAACAACAGGGUUGUGAUGUUCAAGGAUUCUUGGCACGUGUCGUUAAAGGAUGUUCUACCAGAAGGCGAGACUUACAAAUUAUUGAAGUCACACAAUGUUCGCAAUGUCGCAACAUGCAUCACAUUUCAUGAUGUGAUCCACGCUACCCCUGAGAAAAACACCCAGACUGUCAAGUUUGGGAGCGCCGAAUGGGCUUGCCCCAACAAGGCUGUCACUCCCCACAUUCUUCACCGCCUGGUUCUCGAUCUUGUAGGCGAGCAAUUGACUGAUUUUGAGAGUUCUCGUGAACUCGUCCAGUCUGUUCGCGACGCAUUACUUGCCCACCAGGAUGCAUAUAAAAAUGCAAAAAUAUUACAUCGAGAUCUCAGCGUUGGAAAUAUUGUUAUCUACCGAGGGAGGGGCUUUCUCAUCGAUUGGGACUUAGCAAAGUUACUUACCAUUCAGGGUCCUCGACAAACCACCCGCACGGGAACCUGGCAGUUCAUGUCUGCUCACCUCGUUAAAAAUAGUUUUGCCGUCCACGCUGUCAAGGAUGACCUCGAAUCCAGUCUGUACGUUGUUCUGUGGACGGCCUUGAAGUACAGGGAGAGCUACAUGAGCGUCAUUGACCGGACGCAAUUCAUUUUGCAGAUCUUCGACGCUGAUCCACUGGUGGGGACCGGAGGAUCCGCGAAAUCGGAUUGGCUUGUCGCUGGAACCUACUUUCCGCGUGAUAUAUUCGUCGGCUGCAAACUACUCAACAAUCUCGUUGUUAAACUAGCCCAGUUCUUCUCGCAUCGGUACUCCUCGGUUUCCCCUGAGGCACAGGAGUCACUUGUGCGAUUGCAGCUCUCAUUGCAGGAAGUUCUGGACGAAGCCAGGUCUGUGUGCACGGCUGCACAGCAAAAGAUGAUAGAUGUUGCACAAUGCUGCCUGUUGGAGUCUUCUGCUUACCAGAAGGAGAUAGGUAUGCAGAUCCUGCACUCACACGAGGUCAUCAUCAAUAUCUACGACAAGCACCUUGGCUCAUCCGGAUGGCCUGACAAAGAUGCGGCCGUACUGCAAAAAAUGCAUCCGACCAACAAGCAAAGCGGACGUCGUUUAUACACCAAGUCACUAUGUGCCUCACAAGAUGUGACGUCCGCAUGGGUGCAAGUCACACCAUCUGGCAAGAAACGUAGGCUGGAUCCUGAAGAUGACAUUGAGAUCCUCAGUUCGGUGGCUGGCCUAGAUGACCUUGUGUCCUUCAAUCAAUGA